AUGACCGAUCCUCUCCGCCCCGGCCUUCAGCCGAUUUCCCAUCUCAAGGCUGGGCCGACGACCUCCAGCUCGAGAUCCACCGCGCUGCCUUCCCCGACGACGCUUCAGCCUCCAUCACGUCCGUCCUCACGACUGCGUACACAAAGAGCUUCCAGUAAAGAUGAUCCAGAUGCGACCAGCGAAAAGGCCACCACUGCCCUGAUAAGACGCAUCCUGUGUCCCCAGACCAGCAGCUACGGGUCGUCUAAUCCCCAGCCUCCGGAAGAGCUGUUACCUCCCCUCACGAGCUCCAAUGACGUCGACCGUCAACUCUACGCCCUCCUUGCCAUUAUAAUAAAAGAGUUCGUCUAUUCGUGGUACUCGAAAAUUACUACCGACCAGGCUCUUGUGAAUGAGGUCCUACAAGUAAUCGCGCAUUGCACGCGUGCACUCGAGCAACGGCUGCGCCAAAUCGAUGUCGCACGAUUGGCCCUGGACGAGAUUCCUGCGCUGGUGGAAGCACAUGUACACUCAUACAGACUGGCCAGGCAACGGUCACAUCUUUCAGGGCUACCGACGUCGUACCGUGCGCUAUAUCAUGAGUUAAAUCCACACCCUGGUCUCUCUCCGGUGCCUGAUACGGCGGAUCCAGAUACAAUUGCCGAGCAAAGUGAAAAUGAAGCAGUCUAUCGACGGUUACUCGCAAACGGUAGUCUGGCAGUUCUUCUACCUACCGAGGACCUCGAGAACACUAGUCUUCGAGCGCUGGUAGUCGAUGUGAUAGCGGACCUCAUUUUGGGGAACCAAAUCAGCGGCAGGGCUUGCGAAGGUUUCUUCAUAUGGGAAACUAUAGCCAAAUUCGCCGCUCGAGUGGGACAGCGUCAAUCAUCGGAUGACUCCAAAUCCGGGCCGGACUCUCAAAUAAACCGAUUAGAGAAGUUUGGCUUGCUCUCGGCCGAAGAUGAGGUCCAGCCAUCGGCGUCAUUCCCAGCCACCGCCUGGGUAUGGAACGUUUUGCAAGCCAUCUCUUUUGGCUACGUCGUUUUGCGUUUCAUUGUGUUGGGCUUAUUACGUGUCGCAUCGAGCCCAGGCCCUUCGCAUGGUGUUGACGUUUCAGUUGCCUCCACAGCAUUCGGGGGACAGAAGAAAGUUAGGACAGACUCGAACGAUGUCAAAGGUAAACGGCCAGUUCUGGACUAUAGGAUGUAUUCCAUGGUCUCGGAGAUACUGGGAAUACCUUGGAGGAUGCCAUGGUUGAGCGGAUUGCUCGCUCUAUUCCAAUACCUAGUUCUGGCAGGCCCAGGCAAGGUCGGUGAGGCAGACGGAAUUCUUGACAGGUGA